AUGAGUGACGCAACAGUAGCUGUCGAGGCUGCGCAGCCUGCUGUCGCGGCUGAUGCUGCGGGCGCAAACAACCGCAAGUUUGACCCGAGCGUGCUGCCCGAGUCGGAAGAUCAUGUGGCCAUUCAGACGCAGGUGCACUUCUACUUCAGCGACAGCAACCUGCCGACGGACAAGUACCUGUGGGAGCUGACGGGCGGGUCGGAGAACAAGCCGGUGGAGCUCAAGAAGAUUUGCCAGUUUGGGCGGAUGCGGCGCUUUAAGUCCUACGAGACGGUGGUGGCAGCGCUGGCGUCGAGCAAGUUUGUCGUUGUUACCGGCGAGGCCGGCCAGGAGACGGUGGCGCGCAAGAACGCCUACAACGCGGACCGGCCGCGCAGCAAGAUCGACGCGGCCACGGUGUACGUCAAGGGUUUCGGCGACGAGGAGCCGUCGACGCAGUUUGACCUCGAGGCCUUCUUCACCAAGCACGGCGCCGUCAACGCGGUGCGGCUACGCCGCACUGCCGACAACCUCUUCAAGGGCUCCGUCUUUGUCGAGUUCCAGGACGCCGACCAGGCCGUCCGCUUCCUCGCGCUCGACCCCAAGCCGACGUGGCGGGACAGCGAGCUCAAGAUCAUGUCCAAAGCUGCCUACGUGGCCGAGAAGUCGCAGCUGAUCCGCGAGGAAAUCCAGUCAUCCACCGAAGCCAGUGCCAAGCGCAGCCGCGACGACGACGGCGCCAACGGCGCCAGCGAGCCGCCCGCCAAGAAGAUCGACAACAAGGCCGAGAUUGCGGCUUGA